AGCUAUUUAAAUCUCCUGUUCAUUUAAAUGUCAGUUUGCUGGUUUUUAUUUAAAAACUACUAUCCAUGUGUCUGAAGCACCCUCAGGCUUGUGCAACUAAGUUUGAGGUUGAUUGGAUCUGGGUCAUUGUUCCAUAGCCACACUACUUUUAAAACAGGGAUUAUAAAAACAUGUUUCUGCUCUUUCUCACUGGGCCCUUCUCAGCUGGCACAUCUGUUCAAGAGUUAUUCCACCUACUUCUCUAAACAUUCCUAAUGGGAUUUGAGAGCCUUCACUGAUCCUAAGCAAAAUGACUUGAAAUGAAAAGCCACUGACAAGGGCUUCCAAGUAAAAAGGUUUAGGAUUGAAAUGUUAAGUGCAUAAUGAUAAUAGUCUUUGUAACUGACAACUUUUUAAUGAUGAUUAAAAUAGUGAAUAGUUUUAGAAUUAAGUUACUGAUCAGUUUAAAUUAUGAUUCAUAUAGAAGGCUCUUCCUACUCUAGUAUUUUUUCUCAAUCGUGCCUAAGAGGAGGACUAUCUGUGGCUCUCUUCACCCUAAACUUCUGUGUCUCUGUCAUUCCAGGCUCUGCCUCUUAUCAACUGUAACGUGAGUAAUGCAUCCUGAGUCAGAGGUAACACCCACGUACUACUUGGCAGAGUCAAACAUUUGGAUUGAACAAAGGUAUUUGGAGGUUCAAAGAGCAUUCUGUUGCUGUGUGGGGUGGCAGUUGAAAAAUUUGGUGAAUGCACUACGAGAGGAUCCGAGUGGUGUUAUCUUAACUUUGAAAAAGCGACCUCAGAGCAUGCUUACCUCAGCACCAGCUUUACUGAAAAAUAUGAGAUGGAAGCCCCUUGCUCUGCAGCCUCUUGUACCUAGAAGUCCUACAAGCAGUGUGGCCACACCUUCCAGUACUAUCAGCACACCUACCAAGAGAGACAGUUCAGCACUCCAGGACCUCUACAUACCACCUCCUCCAGCAGAGCCUUAUAUUCCCAGGGAUGAGAAGGGAAAUCUACCAUGUGAUGACAUUGGAAGGCAUCUAGUGGGAAAGCCAGUACAUAAGGGAUCUGAAUCUCCAAAUUCAUUUCUUGACCAAGAAUAUCGAAAACGUUUUAAUGUGGUUGAAGAAGAUGCUGUUCUGUAUUGUUAUGAAUAUGAAAAAGGAAGAACAAGUAGCUCUGGAAGGAGAGAGAGUACUCCAACCUACGGCAAGUUAAGACCCAUAUCAAUGCCAGUAGAAUAUAACUGGGUAGGAGAUUAUGAAGAUCCCAGCAAGUCAAAAAGAGAUAGUAGGCGAGAAAAUUCAUUACUUCGUUAUAUGAGCAAUGAGAAAAUAGCUCAAGAAGAUUACAUGUUUCAGAGAAACAGCAAAAAGGACACAGGCAAAAAAUCCAAAAAGAAAGGAGAUAAGGGCAACAGUCCUAGCCAUUACUCUCUGCUACCCAGUUUACAAAUGGACUCAUUAAGGCAAGAUAGCAUGAGCACACCUGGACCUGAAACAUCUUUGUAUCAUACAUUUCAGCAGUCCUCUCUACAGCACAAGUCUAAAAAGAAGAACAAAGGUCUUGCACCAAGCAAGAGUAAAAGGCGGAUUUCUUGUAAAGAUCUUGGUCGUGGAGACUGUGAGGGUUGGCUCUGGAAAAAGAAAGAUGCCAAGAGUUACUUCUCACAAAAGUGGAAAAAAUAUUGGUUUGUUCUGAAGGAAACUUCUCUGUAUUGGUAUAUUAAUGAGGAGGAUGAAAAAGCAGAGGGAUUCAUCAGCCUACCAGAAUUUAAAAUUGAUAGAGCAAGUGAAUGUCGCAAGAAGUAUGCAUUCAAGGCCUGCCACCCAAAGAUCAAAAGCUUUUACUUUGCUGCUGAACAUCUGGAUGACAUGAACAGGUGGCUGAACAGAAUUAAUAUGCUUGCUGCUGGGUAUGCAGAAAGAGAGAGGAUUAAACAAGAACAAGAUUACUGGAGUGAAAGUGAUAAGGAAGAAAUAGACACACCAUCAACACCCAAGCAGGACAGCCCACCUCCACCUUAUGACACAUACCCACGACCUCCUUCGAUGAGCUGCGCAAGUCCUUUUGUGGAACCAAAGCAUAGCCGACUCUCAUCCACUGAAACGUCCCAGUCACAAUCUUCACAUGAGGAGUUCCGUCAAGAGCCUGUCGGGAGCACUGCUGAAUCUCCCAUUCGCAAAACAGCUAGCCAACGACGUUCUUGGCAGGAUUUAAUAGAGACUCCGCUGACAAGUUCAGGACUGCACUACCUUCAGACUCUACCACUGGAGGACUCCGUUUUCUCUGACUCUUCUGUUAUCUCUCCAGAACAUAGGCGGCAAUCCACUCUUCCUACUCAAAAGUGCCACCUACAGGAUCACUAUGGUCCUUUCCCUUUAGUAGAGGGUGAGCGAAUGCAAGUCCUAAACGGGAAUGGGGGGAAACCCCGCAGUUACACUCUCCCACGAGAUAGUGGGUUCAACCAUUGCUGCCACACACUUUCUGUCAGUGCCUCCAGCCAUCAAGAAGAAGUGUCACAGAAAGACCAAGAUAAGGAACAAGGGAGAGGCGAAGUAGCACCAGAAAACCAAGAAAAUGAAACUGAAACUAUAGAAGAAAAGUCAACAGAUUCCUUACAAGAUUUGUACCGGUCUUUGGAACUAGCUAGUUUGUCCCCUUUAGGAGACCUGCAGAUUUCAACCAAGAUGGAAUACAAGAAGUCUUUCAUUAAAAGAUGCAGUGAUCCAGUAGUCAAUGAAAAAUUGCACCAACUACGAAUUCUGAAAAGCACUUUAAAGGCCAGAGAAGAAGAAGUAGCCAUCAUAGAUAAAGUUCUGGAUAAUCCAGACUUGACAUCUAAAGACUUCCAAGACUGGAAACAAAUGUACCUUGAGCUCUUCCUGGAUAGUUCUCAGAACAACUCUGUAGAAGACCCUGUAAAUGACUCUGAUGAAGUUGAUGCACUUCUAGACUCUUUAGCACAUACCCAUUCCUAUAUUGAAACACAUGUAUAAAAAAGGAAGAAAAGCUUCUGGAUUUUGUUUUUGUCCUGUUACGGCACUCCAGACCUUUAUUCAAGCGCACAGAGUAGCUUUUAUAUCCACUUACAGGAGAUCUAUUUUAAUGUUUCUGAUAUGAGUAAAGUACAAUUUCCAUGUCAUUGUUUGAAUAGAUACUUACAUACUUUUUACGCUGCUGAUGCUCAUGUUUAUGUUUACAAACAUUGGCUAUGAUCCAAAGAAGGGAUACAUUUUAAUGGGACAUUUUGUUUGAAGCUGGUGCUGCCACAACUUUCAACUGCUGAAGAAAUUUCUUUUUAAACUGAAGAGGAACAUCCAUGUUGCUUCUUUGGAUCGUGACCACUGUCUUGGAAAAUUUAAAGAAAUAAUAAGUAUAUAUUUUGGGGGAUUAUAUUGAUUUAUCAAGGGGAAAGUUGUCAUAAGAGCAGUGUUUUACUACUAAAGGUUAAGCUAUUUCCUAUUUUAAUAGUAUAUAACUGUUGUAACGAGUUACAUUUUCAAAGUGCAGCUUUUGUUUUGGCCAGUGUGAAAGUUAAAUUUUUAUAUUUGGUGGAAUAUUUUGGGUAUUUUCAUAAAUUGCAGAAAAAGUAUAAUGCUGUGAUUAGAAUUGCAUUUUCAAGAAUAGAGUCAGGGAAUUAGAAAAGAUUGGACUUCUGUCCACUUGGGUAUAGAAAGGUUGGGGCUUUGUUUUUCCAGUCUUCUGAAAUGUAAUUAAUAGACAAUCUCUAGCACAGAAGUAAUAGGAGGAUAAAGGGCUCUUUUUGUUUUGGCUUUGGAAUAGAUCUUUAAAGAUGUGUGGUUGAACUGUAUUACUACCCCCUGGGCUGGCCUCAUCUUAUUUUGUGCAGAUUUUUUUUACUGUUAACCAA